ACUUUUCUCCCCCAAAGCCACAUCUAAGGACGUGCUUCAUUCACUUCAGCUUCACAGGUUGUAAAGAAGGGGAGAAAGAGGGAGAGGUAAAGGAUAAUACUAGCAAAUGCUGGAGAGGGAACGAGGACAGGAGGUGAAAAAGAGAGAUUGUGUUCAGUUUAGUGCUUUUCUAAGAGAAGGACGUCAGGGUGUGAAGGAGUGAGGCAGGAGAGAGGAGACAAGUCUUCAGGAGUGGGGCUACCCAGCAGUGGGAGGUUCCUCCAGGGAGGUUAUAGUCAUCUUCAGCACGACCCCUUCCUCUCCUCCACUGGGAGUCAGACACCCAGGAUACAGAACCAUGGAGCCCUCUGUUUCGACCGAGGUCGAGGGGGAGGCCAAGGAUAGGAAGAAGAUUCAUUUUGCAAUGCCGACCUCUGUGCCCACCAAUCUGGACCCUCGGCAAGUGGAGAUGAUCCGCCGCAGGAGGCCAACGCCUGCCACACUGUUUAGAGUAGCCGACCAAUCAUCUCCUGAUGAUGAUCAGUCCACCCAUCAGUGGGUCGUAGGAGAGAACGGAGUGCUGAAACCAAAACGUGUCAAUCCAAACGUGUAUCAACCUCCAUCACUCAAAGCUGUGCAGAAGAUGGCCGAAGCACACAUGCAGAACCUAGGUAUCUACCCCCCUUUGGAAGAGCCUUGUGAAGGGGAGGAGGAUUGGGACCACUGGCAGGGAGAGGAGGGAGAGGACACAUCUCCCACCAACGCUGCUGAUCACCAAGACACGGCGACCACUGAGCACUCAGUCAAGUUCUCCAGCGUGAGAGAGACGGCCAAGCAGAUCCAAGCAGCACCGGAGGAAGAGGAGGAGGAGGAGGAGGAGGAAGAAGAGGAAGAAGAGGGGAACAGAAUUAAAGAAACAACAGAGGAGAACAGUCGGGAGUAACUGAGAGAGAGAGAGAGAGACAGACAGACAGAGAGAGAGAGAGAGAGAGAGAGAGAGAUUGGGUAAACUAGGGAGAGUGAAGGUGUUUUGUCAAGUGGUUAAAAUCUGAAGAACUCAGAAGAGGUGAGCAAAUGGGUUUGUGCUGCUUUGUGGACGUGUGAAGACCAGUGAGGAUGAGGAAAAUACUUCCAUAAACUCCAACAUAAGAGCGAGCGGAGAUCCCUGUACUACUUCACCUCUAAAGGUUGAAGGUAACGGGGGAUGAAAGAGAGCACAGAGAGGCAGUUUGUGUAUGAGCAGGUGAGGAAUGAUCUACAGACCCUAAAGUUUGACUAAGAGGGGUCAACGAGGUCAACAUGACCGAAUACCAGUCAGACAAGUCCUCCCUCGACCGUGAUGCUUCUGCACAGGGCUAAAUGUUCCUUUUUUUAAAAGAGUGUAAUAGUUCCACAAUAAUCAUACUCGCACACAUAUAAACUCUCUUGGACACAUUAUACAACCUUUUCUAAAGUACUUGAAGGUCUUUAAAUGUGUGCGAUACACUCUACACUUUAUUUUGAAACGUCUCUGUUCUGAUCUGCACCAUAUUCAAUGUUGAGAUGAAAAUGUACGUGCACUGCCAUCUCGUGGUAGAAGUUUGAUCCAAAUUUUUAAAGUGAUACUCCAAACCAAUCAAGCACAUAACAUGCUUAAUAUGUUUCAUGAAGGGAAACCCAGUGUUAUGUUUGUUAUGGUCAACAUUUCUUCAAUGUAUUUUGAUUCUGUAGAGCAGUUCAUAUUGGGGGGGGGGGGGGCGGAGUCUGCGUCUCUCAUGAGGGAUGCAAAUGACCUAAAAACAAAGAACUCACAGGACAUAUUGUGGCGUGUAAUCCUUUAUUACUGUUUUUUUAUUAUUAUGUUUGAUUGGUAUCAGCCUAACUGUUUACUUUUCACUCUCCUAUUACUGUAUCAGAGUUGUGUGGUAAGUUACCACACACUGAGGUCUUAAGGAUUAUAACUUUAACCUCUGGAUUGAUUGACUUUAAUGAAUGUAUUAAUUGAUUUGUCAAACCAUUUCUUUAUCAUAAUAUGCUUCCAUUCUGCCGGUUAGUUGCAUUUUGUAAAAGUGAAUCUAUAAUAAAAAGAUAGAUACCAGAUAUAUUUGGAGUAUCACUUUAAGAAAGACUUUCUUUUUUUUUUUUGGUCUGUUAUUGUGUUAAAUCCAUGAGCAAGUGAGUGUUUGUAUGUGGAUAUAGCAUUCCACAGUAUGCUUAUAAAUAAAUCUUUAAAGGGCAAAGCUACCUCUAAUUAGUUUGAAAUACAGCACCCAAUCGUUGCCUCCAUGCAUUACACAUUUGAACUGGAUUCAUUGUGAACUGACACCAUGUUAAGGAGUCAAGAAACUUGAUUUAAAAUCCAAUAUUGUUGACCUAUUUCGGAUUUGUUCGUGAUCACGCAUUCCCUUUUGUAUGUUAACAAUUUUCUAUUGUCAUCUUUCUAAUUGUAUACAUGGAUCUGUUGUAAGAGCUAUUUUUCUAAUCUAAUGUGUGAGUAGCUGAGCGCUGGCAAUGUUUCUACUAUACGGUUACUGACAUUUGAGCAAAAUGGUCACUGCAAAAACUUUCUGACGUUUUUUUUGUUUUUUUUACCACAGAUGCUCACUUGUUCUCUCUUUUCUUCGAGUCAACAGCAAUUCAUGAAUGCUUUUAGUCAGCAUCUAGCUAAUUACAUUUCAAGUUUAACUAAAGAUACAGGAUUUGAUGUAGAAGAAGGUUUCCAGUUGUGACACGGGAUGAAUCAACCUUGUUGUUUGUAUCAUUUGGGCUGCAGUUUGUAUAUAGAAACUGUGUGAAACUUUGACCCCUGACCUGCCCAAAUAGUGGGAUGACUGGACGCGACUGUGCAGUCGAUGGCGUCCUGCCUUCUCCGCUCUCUGUUCACCUCACCUUUCCACCUGGGUCAGAAGGAAACAAUCACGGGAAGACAUGUAUGAACUCUAAUGCUUAGUCUGUCUUUAUUUUUAUUUCAUUUUUCUCUAUUUUCUUGUUUCUCAAUGUAAUGUGGUUGACUUAAGUGUGCAACAAUAUGAUAUCAAAAUAAACCGUAUUUCCUUUCUCCUUUGAACUGAUCCGAAAGUAA